UGGUGGCGCGUCCGUGUGCGGUUCAGCGUUUCCUGCUCUGCUGUCCCGAUCACUGGACAAAGGAGGCAUCAGCUGCUAUAAUGAAUCCCAGAUCCUGGAUACCUUUGCUCAUGCUUGGAUUCAUACAUUGGUCUCUUUCAGAUUCCCCUGAAAGAACUGAGAUUGUAGGUGAAGGAAUGUCUGUAAAUAUCCCCUUUAACACUGCUGAGCGGUGUGUUCAACUGAGUAGAAGAGCAGACUCGAACCACGCCUGGAUGAAAUGCCUGGUUUGCUUGGAAAAUGGACCUUUAUGCCCUGAAUUCAGAAACAGAUGCAGCAUAUACCUACAUGGCUUAACUCUGCACAAUGUGAGCAAAGCUGACGCAGGGAUUUACAGCAUUACACCUCACCUGAAUGGAAACAGUGUCGCUACAAACAUCGUGCAUCUGGUGGUGCUGGAUCGCCAGCCAUCUUCCACUCAGGGACCACCCGAUUCUCCUAUAUCUGGGACCACCCGCCGUGAGGGGACAGCCUCUGUGCCAACAGGGCCCAUGGACUAUCACAUAUUAUUAGGGAUCAUAGUGGGGGUGAUCAUAGUGGGAGUGAUUGUCAUAGUGAUCGUGUUGAAGAAAUUUGGGCUGUCCCAGUGCCGCAGAAGGCAAAGCUCUGAGCCUCCAGACAGCAACACCAUAGAGCGCCAGCCUCGUCCCGCCCAGCCAAACGAACGCCAAGUAGAUCAGGCCCGGCAGGAGCAAGACCUAUUGGUGAACGGCAGGGCCCAGGAGGACGAAGAGUGUCUGAAGGGGUGAGUGACCCUUCUCUCCUCUGUGAGGAGGGGGCCUCACCUUGUUUAUUUAAUGGCUUUAAUCUGCCACUCCUGUAAAUAAAGCACAUGGGCACCAGAGAUAGGAACCAAUUGCUCUGCCAAGACCCCAGGGUUCUGCCAUGUCCCUGCAGCAGCUCCUAUCAGAGUCUGAGAGGUCAGGAGGGUGAUCUAAUGGGUAAAGCAUUGGGCUGGGACUCCCUGAGUGGCCCUGGGCCAGCCACUGCAUCUACCCUGUGCCUGUGAAAUAAGGGAGACCCUACCUGUGGGUGAGGUGCCCAGACACUGCAGUGAUAAGGACCACAUCAGUGGCUAUGCAGAGAGAAGGUUGGCAGACCCCAUCCCUGUCACUGCCAGCCCUAUAGCUGCUAGCAGCGAAGGUCAGAACCCCUGGGCUUAGGUCUUGGUGAGUCAGUAAAGGGAAACUUUGAAACCCGUCUUUAGUGACCACUCAACUCAUCAGCAGAAGCCCCUAGUUGCUUUGUGAAAGUGUCUGUCUGAUAAGGGUGGAAAAGUUCCACCUUAGUAGAUUUGUACUUGGGGUGGGGUGUUUGAGACUGGUCUUUGCCUAAUAAGCGUGGUCUCUACUGGACAGAUUUCAGUACGUUGUCUUCUAUGUAAAUGCCUGCAUUUGUUUCAUCUUAACUCUACCUGCACCUUCAAGACCCUAAAUCGUGAAGUUAUUGUAACUUAUUUUAUUUAUUGCUAGCAUAAGAAGAGCCAUAGGACUCUUCUGCACUGAGAACCUGCCCCACCCCUCCUUCUAAAAUUUGUUUACAUCUGGAACUGGAUCAGCCACUCUCCUCAGCAGGGUUUCAGAUAGUCACUGAAUAGACCAAUGGGUUUUCUGUACCAGCACUGAACUCUUAGCAACAUAAGGUCCCAAGCAACAAGAGAUUAAAAGAUCUGGCCUACUCCACCCUCACAUGCAGGGGCGCUGGAACAAUUUGUACAGUGGGGGGGGGGGCGGGGUGCUGAGACGCAUUGAACCAAAUUGUAAACCCUGGAUAUGCUGGAAACCACUUCAAGCCAGGGGGUGCGGCUGCACCGCCAGCAGCCCUAGUUCCAGCACCUGUGCUCACACGGCUUUGUUCCAUCUCAGUAUGCACCAGACCAGAUUCUGCUCUCACAUUAAUGUAGCUCCAGAAUGAUGCCUCUGAAACCAGUGGGCUCAGGGGAGAUUCUGAUCUCUGACCCCAGUAUAAAUCCAGCCCUCUGUAAAUCCAGAGCAAGUUAGAACCACUCUGGAUUUAUACUGGGUCCUGGAUAUCAGAAUCAGGUUCUGUCCCCAUUGACUGCAGUGGGGUCGUUCUGGAUCGAUGCUAGCGUGAGAGCAGAAUCUGGUUUGUGGCCGAUGUUUGUCUUGGAGCAUUAAACCACUGGAGUGUUGCUCACCACUCGUGAGCAUAAUAGGAAUAAUCAUCUUUGUACUGUAACUCCAGCAUUGCCACCGAUCUAGCCACAACCCUUUUCUUGCGCAUAAGAAAGCAGCGUGCUGCCAAGCACGUGUAAAACAUAGUCUUUGACACAGGUCUAAGUGUCUACCUCAGCCUUUCGUGGCUGGAACGAGACUGCACGCCGUAGCUGACCAAAACCUGGAGGUGACAGUGGGAGCACAACUUGCAUUCUCCUCUCCCAAACGCACAGGCUGUGACCACUUAAGCUAAGAAUCUCUGUUAUGUAUUAGCUCUAUGGGCUUUAAAGCCACACAGGUGAGCAGUUCUAAUUCCAGCCACAGGGCAGCAAUAUAUAGCUGAGACAUAUCACUGUGGACUCAUAAGCGGUACAUUGCACUGUGAAUUACACUAACUCAACCCUUAUUUCAGUGUUGUACAGUUUCUGUGAACUAAGAUGCCUCAGACUUUUCAAAUCAAUUAAAUCCAAUCAGCAAACUACAGCAAAUAGAUCUAUCACCUUGCAUUACCAGGAAAUUCACCAGCUCUGUGCUUCAGUUUCCCCAUCUGUAAAAUGCUGACCUCCUCUGUGAAAUGUUUGAGAUCAACUGAUAAAAAAUGCUAUAUAAGAGCCAGAUAUUUCUUGUUAUUCAGUAUUAACAAAUCUACUGCCAUGCUAAAAACUACUGUUCUUCAGAACACAUUUUUUAAGAUCUAUGGAUUUUAUACAAUAGAAUAAUUUUUUUUUAAAAUCCAGAAAUCUAUUUUCCAACAGUAUCCCUAGUACUACUGAAAUGAGUUUCUAUCCGGGACAGUAUUUUGUUAAAUUAAUGUCUGGUCUGCCAUUUCUGUUAGGCAAUUUUUAAAAAAAAAAGCCAUGACACUGUUUUGAUGUGACAAAUGGAUGUAUUCUAGGUGCUACAUUUAAUAUAUUCUGUCCAUAAGUUAUUGCACUUUAUAUGUUCAUUCCCUCUUUUCUAACUGUAUUACUUUUAAUUCCUA